CUGUCCGCCUUGGUUUAUCUGGACUUUCAUUCAUUUGAUUGGUCUGGUUUGGGAGUUGACAAUCUUCAAUGGCUUUCUCAUCUUUCUAAGUUGCGGUACCUUGACAUGGGAGGGGUGAAUUUCACCGGCCAGUCAGAUAAUUGGUUACAAGUCAUUAAUAUGCUUCCUUCUCUUUCCGCACUACGCCUCCCCCAUUGUGAACUAGGUACCAUUCCUGUCCUUCCAUAUGUUAAUUUCACAUCUCUUUCAGUCCUUGACCUUUCAAGUAACGAUCUCGGUCCAAGAAUGCCCGAUUGGGUGUUUAAUCUCAGCAGCUUAGAGUAUCUUAAUCUCAACAGCAACAAUUUUCAAGAUCCUAUUCCAAAUCCACUUCACCAUCUUUGCAACCUGCAUACUUUAGAUUUGUCAGACAACAUUAUCAGUGUAUGGAUGACAGGGUCUAUGGAAUGUUCACCUGGAUGCAUUAAGGAUAGUUUGGAGUCUUUGAAUUUGGCUUCUAAUCAAGUUAGUGGCUAUUUUCCUGAUUUCUUAUGUCAGUAUAGAAAUCUGAAAUCUCUUGAUCUCACAGGUAACUCAUUCUAUGGACCUAUUCCAGGAUCUCUUGGAAACUUUUCAACCUUGAGAGAAUUGUAUCUGAGCCAUAACAACUUGAGUGGGGCUUUACCAGAGAGUCUUGGACAACUUUCAGAGUUAGUCGAUUUGAGGAUUUCUUCUAAUUCAUUUGAGGGCAAUGUUUCUGAAGCUCACUUUGCUAAUCUAAUGAAGUUAGAAUCAAUAGACAUGUCUUCGAAUUCCUUGGUUGUGGAUGUUAGCUCAAGUUGGGUUCCACCUUUUCAACUCAAGCACAUCAAAAUGUGGUCCUGCAAAUUAGGGCAUCAGUUCCCUGCGUGGCUUCAAACACAAAGGAAUGUUCUCAAGCUUGACUUCUCUGAUGCCCAAAUUUCAGAUUCCAUGCCAUACUUCAUUCCCCCGGCUUUAUGUAAAUUGCAAACCUUGCUUGUCCUUGAUCUCUCAUACAACCAAUUAACAGGAGAACUUCCAUGGUGCUUGGGGGAUUUGCAAAACCUGAAUAUAAUGGAUUUGGGAAACAAUAAUCUAUCUGGAGCAAUUAUCGCCUCAAUCAGUGGAGGUGAUAAGGCCUUAAUCAGUGAAGGUGAUAAGGCCUUAAUCAGUGGAAAUGAUAAGGCCUCAAUCAGUGGAGGUGAUAAGGUUGAUGAUAAGGCCUCAAUCAGUGAAGGUGAUAAGGCCUUAAUCAGUGAAGGUGAUGAGAUUGGUGAUAAGGCCUCAAUCAGUGGAGGAUCUGCUCCAUUACUUGUUACAAAUUUCAUUCAACUACUGAGCAGUGAAUUCGCAAUGAAAGACUUGGGACCAAUUCAUCAUUUUCUUGGAAUAAAAAUCUCCCCAACUUCCAAUGGUCUUCAUCUGUCUCAGUCACACUAUGCUCUUACCAUACUUGAACGAGCUAACAUGGUAGAUUGCAAGCCCAUGAGUACACCUCUCGAAGCUAAGACAAAAACCUCAUCAACUGAAAUUCUUAUGGAAGACCCUAGUUACUAUCGCGAACUUGUUGGAGCAUUACAGUACCUCACACUAACACGCCCUGAUCUUUCAUUGAGUGUUAACUAUCAUAGUUUGCGGGAGGAUAUUAGCACACGUCACAACUCAGCAACUAUCGCCUUAAUCAGUGGAGGUGAUAAGGCCUUAAUCAGUGGAGGUGAUAAGGCCUUAAUCAGUGAAAGUGAUAAGGCCUCAAUUAGUGGAGGUGAUAAGGUUGAUGAUAAGGCUUCAAUCAGUGGAGGUGAUAAGGCCUUAAUCAGUGGAGGUGAAAAGAAUGGUGAUAAGGCCUCAAUCAGUGGAGGUGAUAAGGCCUUAAUCAGUGGAGGUGAUGAGGUUAUCGAUAAGGCCUCAAUCAGUGAAGGUGAUAUGACAUCAAUCAAUGGAGAGACGUUGAAGGAUAUUGGCAACAGCAGAUUUUAUGGAGAUUUGUAUUCAUGUUUUCAUGUUUAA